AGGACAAGCAAUCUUCCCCCAUUAUCAGAUCGAACGUCCCAUUUUUCACAUCACCUCUAUUUCUCUCUCCUCUCUCUUCCUCCUUCUUUCUUACUGUACAAAAUCAUUUCUUGUUUUUUUGAUUUUUUUUUUAAAUACCCAUUUUCACCUCAAAAACUUCAAAAAAAACCCCCAAAAUAUAUAUUUUCAUCCACCAUUUUUCAUUUUCCUACACACAAAAUAUCCAUAUUUUUGUCUGUUUUUUUUUUAUAUUUAUUUUGGUUGGCUGUAAAACGCUUCAAUCGUCAGUCCAAUCUUAAUAUAAUUUUUUUAAUUUUAAUUAAAUUAAUAAAAAUAGUUGUAGACAUUUUUAGCUAAUUUUGAAUCAAAAUUAUUAUUUGACUUAAAAUUGGAAAAAAAUAAAUAAAUUUAUAAAAAGGGGACUCCAUUUUAAUUUUGUUUGGAGUUUUGUAUUGAGGAAGAUAUGCUUAACAUGUCCUCAAUCUUUCCUCUCAUCAGAUCUUAGCCUUAUUUUUCUCUCAAAUUCCGCAUCCGGGUCAUCUUCAAUCGGGUAUUAUUUCAUAAUUCUGGAUUUUAUUGAUCGAAUGAAGGAUCCGAUGCUUUUUUGAUUGAAUCCGAGAACAUACCAUUUUGUAAUUCGGCAUUGUAUUUUUGUUGGGGUUUGUGAUUCCUUAGGCCAGAAAUAUGCAAUCCGACCUUGGUAAGCUAUUUAUUGGUGGAAUCUCGUGGGAGACGAAUGAGGAACGUCUUAGGGAUUAUUUUAGCACCUUUGGGGAGGUGAUAGAAGCUGUGAUCAUGAAGGAUCGGACCACUGGCCGUGCUCGGGGCUUUGGUUUCAUUGUCUUUUCAGACCCAGCUGUUGCUGAUAGAGUUGUCCAGGAGAAGCACAACAUUGAUGGAAGAAUGGUUGAGGCAAAGAAGGCUGUUCCUAGAGAUGAUCAAAACAUUCUAAGUAGAACUAGUGGCAGUGCACAUGGCUCUCCAGGUCCAAGCCGCACUAGGAAGAUUUUUGUUGGAGGCUUGGCUUCCACUGUUACCGAGAGUGAUUUUAAAAUUUACUUUGAGCAGUUUGGUACAAUUACAGAUGUUGUCGUGAUGUACGAUCAUAAUACACAGAGGCCAAGAGGUUUUGGGUUCAUUACUUAUGAUUCAGAGGAAGCAGUGGAUAGGGUUUUAAUCAAAACAUUCCAUGAACUGAAUGGUAAAAUGGUUGAGGUCAAGCGUGCAGUCCCUAAAGAGUUAUCACCUGGUCCUAGUCGUAGUCCAAUUGGUGGUUAUAAUUAUGGUCUAAACAGGGUCAACAACUUCCUAAAUGGCUACACUCAAGGAUACAAUCCAAGUGCACUUGGAGGUUAUGGAGUAAGAAUGGAUGGCAGAUUCAAUGCAAUUGCAAGUGGACGAAGUGGGUUCCCUCCGUUUAAUUCCGGUUAUGGAAUGGGUAUGAAUUUUGAGCCAAGUUUAAAUGCUAAUUAUGGUGGAAACGCUAACUUCGGUAGCAGUCUCAGCUACGGACGUGGUGUGAACCCCUACUUUAUGGGCAGCUCAAAUAGGUUUGGUAGUCCGGUUGGCUAUGAUGAUGGAAAUGGGGGAAGCUCAUCCCUGUUUAGCUCAUCUAGGAACCUGUGGGGAAAUGGGGGACUUAAUUAUAGCUCAAACUCUUCUACAUCCGCUGCUUUUAAUGGGUCUGGGUCAGGGACUGGUAAUGUUGGAGGAUCCUUUGGAAGUGGCAAUGUGAACUGGGGUUCCUCACAGGUGUCUGGCCAAGGUGGGGGGAAUGCUGUUGGCAGCGGAAAUCUGAAUUAUGUUGGGGCUGAUACCAGUUAUAAUCUGAGUGGUGGAGGCUAUGGAAGAAACACUGGAAAUAAUGUAGCCCCAACAUCAUCAUCUUAUGCAUCAUCAAAUGGUGGUGGGUAUGAUGGGGCAUUUACAGACUUGUAUGGCAGUAGCUCGAUAUACGGAGACUCUCCUUGGAGAGCAUCAACUCCUGAGAGAGAUGGUUCUAGCUCUUUUAGUUAUGGGCUCGGGAAUGCCGGUCCAGAUGUAUCUGCUAAAGGGUCUGCUGGUUUUGUGGGCGGAUAUAGUGUUAAUAAGAGACAACCAAACAGAGGACUUCCUAGCUAGAAGGCUAAAUAUCAGGAAAUUAUUGUAGAUGGAGCAAUCUGGCAAUGCAGAUGAAAGGUGACUAAAUAUAGUCCAGUUUAAAUUCUGAAAGUUAAUUUACAUAGAACUGACUGGAGUGCCUAUUCUGAAGAUUACGUAGCAAUAGGGAAGUUGUAAGGGAUUUUGUUUUUGUGGCUUGAGUAUUUUGAGUCAUCAUUCUAGGGUUUUUGAGUGAGGUGUAAAAUCAGAUUGCGGGAUAUAGUCAAAUUGUAUCAUUCAUCUCCGGGAGGUGUUGGGAUACAUGGUAAAGGAUAGACAAGCCCCCCCUCUUUUUUCUCUUUUCCAAUUUUACCAUCAAUUUUCUUUUCUUUUCUUCUUUUUUUUCCAUAUAUUUUGUUAUGUGCUGUAAUAGUUAUGACAAAGCGCGGGUUCUUGUCAAGUACAUUUUCAUGUUUCUUUUGGAUUGUAUGGGGGCUUCUUGUUGAUUUACCAGUGUGGAACUAUUGAAGGAACCCAACUAGGGUUCUCAUGAAUAAGGUUCUUUUUAUAUUUUUCUGAUCCUCAUUCACUGUAGAAACUUCAUGUGGCUGCUGAACUUAAUUGUUAUUACGAUAUGACUUGAUGAAUAAUUCUCAUUGUUUUCCUUAUCUCUUAAUAGCAAUGGAUGAGAAUUUUUUUUGCAA